GGAGCGGAGAGGAGACCCGCGUGGAGCUGCAGGGAUCCGACCUGUGGAAGCGCUUCCACGAGAUCGGCACGGAGAUGAUCAUCACCAAAGCCGGACGACGGAUGUUCCCCGCCAUGCGUGUGAAGAUUACGGGCUUGGACCCCCAUCAGCAGUAUUACAUUGCCAUGGAUAUAAUCCCCGUGGACAACAAGCGAUACAGGUAUGUGUAUCACAGCUCCAAGUGGAUGGUGGCAGGGAACGCGGACUCCCCUGUUCCUCCCAGAGUAUACAUCCACCCAGACUCGCCAGCGUCAGGAGAAACCUGGAUGCGUCAAGUUGUCAGCUUUGACAAACUCAAACUGACCAAUAACGAGCUGGAUGACCAGGGACAUAUCAUUCUGCACUCUAUGCACAAGUACCAGCCCCGGGUCCAUGUCAUCCACAAGGAGUUUGGAGAGGACCUGUCUCCAGUGAGGGCCAUCCCCGUGGGGGAGGGCACUCGUACGUUCUCCUUCCCCGAGACUGUCUUCACCACUGUCACAGCAUAUCAGAACCAACAGAUUACAAGGCUGAAAAUUGACAGAAACCCGUUCGCCAAAGGCUUCAGAGACUCUGGCAGAAACCGGAUGGGCUUAGAGGCUUUGGUGGAGUCCUACGCGUUCUGGCGCCCGUCUCUGAGAACGCUCACGUUCGAGGACAUCCCGGGGAUGGCCAAGCAAGGGAUCCCAGGAGCUCACGGGGGAGUCGGAACGUCAUCUCAUCUGCUCUCCACAUCCCCGUGCUCAUCGCCUUUCCAGGUCUGCCCUCUCAGCCCGCCGGAUUACAGCUGCAGUCGGCCCAUGCACCCCCUCCACUGCUACAGCAACCCCCCUGAGCCGUUCCCCCCUCCCAGAGGUCCGUCCGGCUACGAAGGGGAAGGAUUCCGCUCCCUUGCGCUCCCUGCAGCUCAGCUCGGCUAUCUAUCCAACCCUACCCCCCAAGGUUACGCCGGGCUACGCCUUCACACGCCGCCCUAUAGCCUGUAUGGCUACACAUUCCCCCCCUCGCCGCGUCUCGCUGCCAGCCCUGAUAAGAUGGCUGCCACUGCCAGUCAUCAGAGUCCCUUUCACGGCUCCUCCCCCAGCGGGACUUUGACAGACAGCCUCGGCGUGCUCAGUGGAGGACAGCAGGGCUUCCUGUUCGACUCCCGGACUUUAGGAGUCGCAGGUAGCCAGCCAGGAGGCGGGGCGUCUCAGGUCACCGCCCAUUUGGGAUGAAUUUAAGGAAAUCCUGGUUACGGCCCUGGCAUGGGUGCAAGUCUCUUUUUGGUUCAGAGCAUUCUAUGAAUUGAAAAUCCGUGUAAAAGGACCCGUGGACAGACAAGAGAAGAGGGACAGAUCUAAUAAAUGUAUGAACUUCUCAAAGUUUUAUUUGGGGAAGGUUUCUGUCUCUUGAGCGCAGGUUCCUGUAAGUUACUUCUACGGCCGUAUUGGUUACUGAGGAAGCCAGCAUAAAGGAGGAGUCUGUAAGGCAUGGGCCGAACUGGAACUACGUUUGGACGGGGCUAAAACUGGGCAGGUCCGAAAGAUUCAAAGCAAGCACUUCAGUAUCCUGACAGGAUGCCCCCAAAACAUUACCUGUAGGCCUUUCGCCACAGUCACGUUGGAGACAGGACUUAAAGGAUGCAGGUGGAUUCAGAUGGAGGCUCGCAGUUUGUCUGCUGCCGACACAUCUCUGAAGCAGACGUGAAAUCACCGUGACCAAUAAAAGGGUGGCGGUUGAUCCGUGAAAAGGCGCUACGGGAGCAUCUUAUCUGGUUGAUUUUGUAACACCCGCUAGUAAGAGCGUAAACUCCUCGAUGCGGUUCUGAGCCCUUUUGGUUUGUGCAACUUCCAAAACAAGAAUGAACACUGCAUUUAAAAUAUCUGUUCCUGCCUUCCGUUUUAUGUCUUCGUUUCUUUGCACCAAUCACUAUGUAAAAAAAAAAAAGGCCUGAUGAUGCUCACACAGUUUACUAUGUUGCCUUUACGAUCUUGUCUCUUUUGGAUGGAACUGCUGAACACUAAUUAUUAUUACAGGCCCGUGUUUGCAUUGAUAUGCACUACAGACAGAGCCUUUCACCACUUUGACUGAAAAAAAAACACACACACACACAAAAGCUUUUUCAUCUGUAACAUCUUGGGCCUGUCAACUAAUGACACGGUGAGAUCAUGCCAACGCGAAAUCAUUUGGGAUCUCCCUGUUUUGGACGAAACUGUAGUUAAAAAAGACACAUGACGAACCACUUGGCGUACUCUACAUCUGGUUUGACGGACGCUCACUCGAUUCGGCUCUUUGAAUGCACGGCCUUCGCUGAGAGAGCCGGACGAAGCAUCUCCGUGUGUAUGAAACCAGGAGGAUGAUGGAUGGAGGGCCGACACGUUUAUAAAGGGCUGCAUGAGCCUUUCGCACUUAAAAAAAAUAAAUAAAAAUAAAACAAC